AUGGCGGCCUGUGCACUGCGCCGAGGUUUGCUGAGCACUGUCAGUAAAUACAACAGAAAGCAUUCUCACAGAUUAUUGACGGCGGCGGACAGUAGCGGGGGUUGUGAUGUCUUCAGACUCCGAUUGCUGUGUCGGACCUGCGGGUUGACAGCGAGCCCAGGGGCACUCCAUCAACGGAGGUUCAUGUCGUCGCGGAACAGGCCUGAAGGGAAGAUUUUGGAGACUGUUGGAGUGUUUGAAGCUGUGAAACAACACGGAAAAUAUGAAACGGGACAGCUCUUCCUGCACAGUGUGUUUGGAUAUAGAGGCAUUGUCCUGUUCCCUUGGCACGCCAGACUCUACGACAGAGACGUCACUCCUCCCAUGUCCGACAGUAAACCAGAGCCACCCGGAGCUCAUGGGUCGAAGGAGGUGAAGGGCAAAACUCACACCUACUACCAAGUGCUGAUCGACACCAGAGAUUGCCCACACAUAUCUCAGAGGUCCCAGACAGAAGCAGUGACAUUUUUGGCAAACCAUGACGACAGCAGAGCCCUGUACGCCAUCCCAGGUCUGGACUAUGUGAGCCAUGAAGACAUCCUCCCGUAUCACUCCACAGAGCAGAUCCCCAUUCAUCAUGAACUAUUCGAGCGCUUCCUGGUCUACAAUCCAUCCAAAACUCCGCCAUUCAUUGCUAGAGACACCCUGAAAGCAUGGCAGGAGAAGAACCACCCCUGGCUGGAGCUGUCGGAUGUGCACCGAGAGACCACCGAAAACAUCCGGGUCACCGUUAUCCCCUUCUACAUGGGAAUGAGGGAGGCUCAAAACUCUCAUGUUUAUUGGUGGCGGUACUGCAUUCGUUUGGAAAACAUGGGGAAUGAGGUGGUCCAGCUCCGCGAGAGGCACUGGAGAAUCUUCAGUCUGUCUGGUACCCUUGAGACCGUGAGGGGGAGAGGAGUCGUAGGGCGGGAGCCAGUGUUAUCUAAAGAACAGCCAGCCUUUCAGUACAGCAGUCACGUCUCUUUGCAAGCUCCUAGUGGUCACAUGUGGGGGACGUUCCGCAUUGAAAGAACCGAUGGCUCCCACUUUGACGUUCGCAUUCCUCCUUUCUCUUUGGAGAGCAACAAAGAUGACAAAGCGCCCCCCGCAGGAUACACAUUUUAACUGAAAAGACCUAAUUGCAUACCAAUAAUGCUGUCUGGAUCCCUGUUCCUCUAAUGCUGCCCUUUUGCUGUUGAAAACAACCCUCUGCCUUCUAUACGUAAAUCGUUUCUGAUAAGGGAAAAACGACAGUUUAUAGACAGUGUUAGGGCUUUACAGCAUACAUGCAAACUUCUAUAGAAAAUGUGGCAAAAAAAAAAAAAACUGUUGUUAAAUGAAUUUGGUUUGCCAUGAGAGUAUUGUACUUUUGCAGUGAUCAUUUUGCUCAUAGCUCAUUUUGAGAUAAUUCUUUCCUUUUGAGUUACAGCUUGUAUUGUUGUUACCAAAAUAACCCAAGGCUGACGUCCAUACAUAAUUCUCUUGUUUGUUUGGCUGACCUGUAUAUCUUGGCCCCAUUUUCAACAUUCAUGAUGACUACAGUGAUUAGAUCCAACUAAGUAGCAAAAAAUAAAAUUAAAAUGGGAGGUUUUGGUGAACAUUGAAUCACACUGGACAAGAAGUGCUCCUAAAAGCUUUUUCCUUUCAAUUUUUGCUGGAGAGAUCUUGUAGUCUCUUUGUUGCCAAUACUUGUUUUGCUUGGAUUCUCUUGAUUUUAGAGGUGGGCAAAUUACCCCUAUAGUGUCAGACGCUAUCGUCUGCGAUAGAGUGCGGUUGUGGACUUCCCAUUAUUGUAACUCCGCAACCAGUUGCGCUAUCAUGUAAAUUCAAAUGGCAUCUCAAAGCAGAGGCAUGGGGCCCUUUUUAUUUUACUGUCAUUAUGGUAAUCAGCUUACAUUACAGAUGACGUGUCAGAAUGCAGGUGCCAUGGGGAUUUUUCCAGUCAGUUAUUUGAUGCAUCAAAGGAAAAUGGAUGGAUAUGUAAAAUAGAAUGUACUGCAUUUUUUUUCAUUUCUGAUACUUCCUUUAACAUUUUAUGGCUAAAGAAUAAAAGUCUAGGCAAGCUAUACUGGUCUAUAAUGUGCUCAGUUCUUAAAGGGUUAACAAAUUAUAGAUAAUAUUGUGAAUGCAGUCCUGAAGAUAUAAAUCAUACACUCGAAAUUCUAUUUUUUAUAACAUAAAAUGCUGCAAAACAAGCUGAUUAAAAAUUUAACAGGACAAAAAAUGUAUGUUGUAAACUUCCAAAUAAGAGUAUUGCUUCCUGCACUUUUGUGGAUCAUGUACAGUCAAUUCCAUAUUAUUGUUAUCUAAACCUCAACUAUUACACUAAAAGACCAGUUUUAGUGCAGUUCUGUUGGAAUGACAUAAUAUACAUAAUAUCGUCUGAAUAUCAUUUUUGAGAUGCUGCGGGGGGAAAAAAGAAAUUUCCAUAUCGCCACCUUUUAUAGUCUACUUUAUAGCAAGCGUAUUCCUUUAAGAUGACAGGUUACCUUCCUCAAGGUAAUCUUUUCUUUUUAAAGCUACAUGUCCUAUUCUGUGCCAUAUUAUACUUUUAAAUGUAAUCUUUGUGGUUCUUGUGACUUUACAUCCUAAUUGCAAUUUCCCAAUGGCAUCUUAAACAAUCCGUAGCUGUAUCAUCUGUAUCAGACAACCUCUACUGUGAUUCAAUGUUCAGUAUUCAGUUGGCCUGGCAACAACUUUAAAGUGCAGUACAUAACUUUAUUUAUAGAGGGUCUGCUAUUGCUUGUCUCCACGGAGAUAUUGUUCCAUUGCCUGGAAUGUUCCACUGUAUAGCAUAUAAUGUAUCUGAAAUUACUUGGAAAACGUGCAGUCUUUCUGUGAGCAGGCUUGCCUCUCCACAGAUCUGACCUAUAACUUGGCCUGGUGGCAUCAAGCAAAGUAAUACAAUCUCCAUGGAUACAAGGAUGUGACAGAACAGAACAUCCACCAGAAAGUUACAUAGUGCCUCUUUAAUUAUUCGUAAUACUAUUUUCUGUUCACAAUUUCAAUCCAAAAUGUGCUACUAGAAGCUUCUCAUUUUUGCCCUUUUGAAAUCAUUAUGAAAUCUUAGUUCUUUUUAAAAGCAAUAGUUACAUGUUGGAAUGACUGGCCAACACAGAUAGGAAAACUGUAAUAUGGAUGUUGUUGUUUAAAUUAAUGUCUUGAUAUUUUAAAUAAAUUUAUGAUAUGGACAAAAAAGUUGCAGACCUAAAAAUUGGGUUUGUUUAAAAGAGGAUUUCUGUUUUGAAAAUCCAGGAUAGGCUCCUCUGAAGGUUGUAUACUGUAAAUAUACAUGUAAUGAAAGGCAAAUCAAAUAAAUAUUCCUUUUGAAAA